AAAAAAACAACAGCAGUUAUUGCCUUGGAUUGUGAAAUGGUUGGAAUUGGAUACGAUGGAAAAGAAAGCGCUUUAGCGCGAGUUUCAAUUGUUAAUAGUUAUGGAGAAACCAUCUAUGAUAAGUAUGUUAAGCCAAUUGAGAAAGUGACCGAUUAUAGAACACCCGUUAGCGGAAUUAUUGCUGACAACUUGCUCAAUGCUCCUGAUUUUGCUACUGUUCAAACUGAAGUCUUUGAAAUUAUUCAAGGACGUACUUUGGUUGGCCAUGCUAUCAAGAAUGAUCUAAAGCAAUUAAUGUUAGGACAUCCAAAAAAGCGACUCAGGGAUACGUCAACCUUUAGUUUUUUUCGUCAGGUAAACAAGGGCCAUACACCAUCAUUACGAAAAUUAGCAAAAGAAAUUCUAGGUUUAGAUAUCCAAAUUGGUCAGCAUUCAUCAGUUGAAGAUGCAAGAGCCUGCAUUCAAUUGUAUAAUCGUUUUAAGAAAGAAUGGGAAUUAUCCCUGCAAAAGAAAAAGCCUCACAACCGUAUUAAAACAAGCAUGUAA